CGCUCGCCUCUGCGUCGUUUACCUGCGCGAGUCGGUGUCGCUUUCGCGGAUCUGGUCGGUAAAUUGUUCCGGUCGGCGCUUGAACCGAAUCGACCGUUUCGCCGCGUCUUUAGGCCGCAGUUUGACGUCUCUGCCGCCGACGUUAAAGAUGUCGUCCGUGGGAGUCCGCGCUGUGCAGCUACCAGCCGCAGAGAACCCAGUGAAGAUGGGCAAGGCCGCGGCAGCGGGUCCGAGGAGAGCCGCUCUCGGAGAGAUCACCAACUUUCCCGGAGCAGCGGUCAACACAAAGAGGACGGGACCAACCAAAACAUCGGCCAAAGCAUCUUGUGCCCAAAAAGCCAAACCCGCCGCAGUCCAGGCGGUGCGUCCGGCCCCCCGGGUCCAAGGACCUGCAGAACCUGUCCCUUCAGUUCCCGAGGGGCCGGCUGACGCCUCCAUGAAGGAGGAGGAACUGUGCCAGGCUUUCUCCGAGGCGCUGCUGUCUGUGCAGGACGUGGACGAGCAGGACGCAGACCUGCCGCAGCUCUGCUCCGAAUAUGUUAAAGAUAUCUACAACUAUCUGCACCUCCUGGAGGUGCAGCAGGCUGUACGAGCCAACUACAUGCAGGGUUAUGAAAUCACCGAGCGCAUGCGGGCUCUUCUGAUCGACUGGCUGGUCCAGGUUCACUCCAGGUUCCAGCUGCUGCAGGAGACUCUGUACCUCACAGUUGCCGUCCUGGAUCGUUUCCUACAGGUCCAGCCGGUCUCUCGCAGGAAGCUGCAGCUGGUCGGCGUGACGGCCAUGCUGGUGGCCUGUAAAUACGAGGAGAUGUACGCCCCAGAGGUCGGGGACUUUGCCUACAUCACGGACAACGUUACGAAGUCUCAGAUCCUGGAGAUGGAGCAGCUGGUUCUGAGGAGCCUCAACUUUCAGCUGGGACGUCCUCUUCCGUUGCACUUCCUCAGGCGGGCUUCGAAGGUGGCGAAUUCUGACGUAGAGAGACACACGCUGGCCAAGUACCUGAUGGAGCUGACCCUCCUCGACUACGACAUGGUGCACUAUCGGCCCUCGGAGGUCGCGGCCGCUUCGCUGUGUCUCUCUCAGCUGCUGCUUGACGGGCUGCCGUGGUCUCCAACGCAGCAGCACUACUCUACCUACGACGAGGCCCACCUGAAGCCGAUCGUGCAGCACAUCGCCAAAAAUGUUGUGACGGUGAACGAGGGGGAAUCGGCUGUCAAGAACAAGUACUCGAGCAGCAAGCUGAUGAAGAUCAGCCUCAUUCCUCAGCUGAAGUCGGCGAUCGUCAGGAACAUGGCGGCUCCUCUGCUCAACAACCCUUGAGGCGAACUUGCGCGUCUUCGUCAGCGGACGUUUCACUUGCACUUUAUUUUAGAUCGAUCACAACCUGUGGAGAAACCCUACCUAGUUUUUAAUAAAAUGUUUUUAGAAUUUUUGA